CUCCAGUGCACGGGUUUGGAUCUGAUAUUUUAAAAUGUUCAGCAAUAAUCAAGGAAACCAGUAUCCUGGAGGGCAUUCCCAACAGCCAUACCCAAACUACCCUCCUCAGCCCCAUGGCCCGUCUGGAUGCCCUCCUGUUGCCCCACCAUGUGCAGGCCAUGGGCCCGCCCCAGGUUAUGGGCAUGGCCCAGGUUAUGGACCUGGCCCUGGUUACGGGCCUGGCCCAGGUUACGGGCCUGGCCCAGGUUACGGGCCUGGACCCGGCUGUGGACCUGCGUGUGGAUGUGGUCACGGGCACGGGCACGGGCACGGACAUGGUCAUGGACACGGACAUGGUCAUGGUCAUGGUCAUGGUCAUGGGCAUGGGCACGGGCACGGGCACGGGCAUGGGCAUGGGCACGGACAUGGGCGCAGGCACAGGCACAAGCGUGGUCACAUGCAUGGCCGUUGUCACAAGAAAGGAAGGAAGAGUCAUGGGUCCUCCAGCAGCUCCUGCAGCAGUGACUCUGACUAGAUCUUGAUUCUUUGGAGGAAGAAGAAACAAAAUGCCAGCUGGAAACCUUCAUCCUUCGGCUAUAUUCAAUAACCGGUUCAUUUGACUACUUAAAAUUUGGAUACAUUCAUAGCAGUGCUGGAUGUUUGCUGACAUGAUUUUUGAACAUCCACUUUAUAACGUUUAUUUUACCCUCUGCUUUCAACUCAGCUUGUUGCUAUAGUGUAGGCUAUUCAUAAUUUGUCUUAAGCAACAGCCGUGUUUACAUGUGGUUCUAUUACACUUGAAUCAAAACUGUACUGGUGAUUGUGUGGAAAAAAAAAAAUGGUGUCUGUGAAUGAUAAAUGCUACGACAGUACAGUGUGGAAUGCUGUGUCUUUUUAAUGGUUUUGGAUUAUUAUUUCUUGAUUUACCUAUGGCUACUUUAUAUCUCUGUUGGCUUGAUUUUUUUUUUAUUUUGUUUUCAUUUUUGGGCAUUUAUUUACGUCAGCUGAGCAUAUUUGCUCUACAACGCCUCACUCCACACCAACACAUUUACACAACACAUUUCACACUUUUGAUCUGCCCAGUGCAAUCACAAUACUGCUGUUUUGAUAUUUUACAUAACAGAAAUGCUUAUUGAUCUUAAUAUUCCUUAUUUCAUUAAUAUCACAAGGUUAUGUCUUUAGGACUAUUUUUGUUAUGUGGUUUUUGAAAUUGCAAUAAAACAUUUAAACUUACAGA